GCCCCCGGCCGUGUGGAGGAGGAGAGAGAGGCUGCCCGCUGCCCAAUGACAGCGCAGGAUGCCGGGAGAGGCUGCUGGGCUUGAAUGGAGGCGACAAGAUGCCGUCCAGAGCAACAUAAGGAGACCAAUUGACAUCUGAAAAGAUCUGACUUUGAGCUGACCAAACCCACGAUUCAGACAUGAAAUAAGUCAUCCAUGUUUGGCUGAAAAAAGUCAGAGCAGUCUCAUUUGAGCACGCCCCUGUUAAAGGACCCUCUGGUGGCUACCCCUCUGAAUCACGGGACAUGUACGGCAGUGCCAGAGCUGUAGGUCAUGUAGAGAGCAGCCCUGUUCGGUCCCCGCGCCUUCCAAGGUCUCCCAGACUGGGCCAUCGAAGGGCACACAGCGGGAGCGGGGGUGGUGCGGGGUGCAAGACCCUCUCCAUGGAGAACAUCCAAUCUCUCAACGCUGCCUAUGCUACUUCAGGGCCCAUGUACCUGAGUGACCACGAGGGCGUGGGCUCCACUGCCACCUACCCAAAAGGCACCAUGACUCUGGGUCGCGCCACCAGCCGGGCCAUGUACGGGGGCCGCGUCACAGCCAUGGGCAGCAGCCCCAAUAUUGCUUCAGUGGGGCUGCCUCAUGCUGACCUUCUGUCUUACAGUGACCUGGGCUCCCUCUCCAUGCUGCACGCUCACCACCACCAGGGGGUGCCCUCGGCUCUGCUCAGGCAGGCCGUGCGGAGCAGUGGUGGCGAGCUGCUGGAGAUGCAGGCCCAGCUCAGGGAGAUGCAGAGGGAGAAUGAGAUGCUGCGGCGAGAGCUUGACCUGAAGGAGAGUAAGUUGGGAUCGUCCACCAACAGCAUUAAGAGCUUCUGGAGUCCCGAGUUGAAGAAGGAGAGGAUCAUGAGGAAAGAGGAGGCAGCUCGCACGUCCAUCCUGAAGGAGCAGAUGAGAGUCACUCACGAGGAGAAUCAGCUGCUGGAUGCCAGGAGAACCAAGCAUCUCCAAAUGACCAUCCAGGCUCUGCAAGACGAGCUGCACACACAGCGAGACCUUAACCACCUGCUUCAGCAGGAGAGCGGCAACCGAUCUGGCUCGGAGCAUUUCACCACCAUCGAGCUGACAGAGGAGAACUUCCGCCGGCUGCAAGCCGAGCACGACAGGCAGGCCAAGGAGCUCUUCCUGCUCAGAAAAACCCUGGAGGAGAUGGAGCUAAGAAUAGAGACCCAGAAGCAAACGCUCGGUGCCAGGGACGAGUCCAUUAAGAAGCUGCUGGAGAUGCUGCAGAGCAAGGGGCUGCCUCCCGGGCCAGGCAGGGCCUCCGAGGAGGAAGAGCAGGAGAGAGCCAGGCGCAUUGCCGAAGCAGAAGCCCAGCUUGGACACCUGGAAGUCAUUUUGGAUCAGAAGGAGAAGGAAAAUAUCCAUUUGCGAGAGGAACUGCACAGAAGAAACCAGCUCCACCAGGAUCCAAGCAAAACCAAGGCCUUGCAGACCAUCAUAGAGAUGAAAGAUACCAAGAUUGCCUCUCUGGAGCGCAACAUUCGAGAUCUGGAGGAUGAGAUCCAGAUGCUGAAGGCAAACAGUUUACUUAACACAGAAGACCGAGAGGAGGAGAUCAAACAGAUGGAGGUCUACAAGAAUCACUCCAAGUUUAUGAAGACCAAGAUUGACCAACUGAAGCAGGAGCUGUCAAAGAAAGAGUCAGAGCUAUUGGCUCUGCAAACAAAACUAGAGACCCUCAACAACCAGAACUCAGACUGCAAACAGCAUAUUGAGGUGCUCAAAGAGUCUCUCACUGCCAAAGAGCAACGUGCUGCCAUCCUGCAAACAGAGGUGGACGCUCUACGUCUGCGUCUGGAGGAAAAGGAGUCCUUCCUGAACAAGAAAACGAAGCAGCUGCAGGAUCUGACAGAGGAGAAGGGAACCCUCGCUGGAGAGAUCAGGGACAUGAAGGACAUGCUGGAAGUUAAGGAAAGAAAGAUUAAUGUCCUGCAGAAAAAGAUUGAGAACUUGCAGGAACAGCUGAGGGACAAAGACAAGCAGCUGGGAAAUCUCAAGGACAGGAUCAAAUCUCUGCAGACUGACUCCAGUAACACAGACACUGCCCUGGCCACCCUGGAGGAGGCGCUGUCAGAGAAGGAGAGAAUUAUUGAGCGAUUAAAAGACCAAAGGGAGAGAGAAGAUAGAGAACGUCUGGAAGAAGUAGAGUCCUAUAAGAAAGAGAACAAAGAUCUAAAGGAGAAGGUUAACAGCCUGCAGAUAGAGUUAACAGACAAGGAGUCCAGUCUCAUCGAUCUCAAAGAACAUGCAUCAUCCCUGGCAUCUUCAGGCCUAAAAAAGGACUCAAAGCUCAAGUCCCUGGAAAUCGCCAUCGAGCAGAAAAAAGAGGAGUGUAGUAAGUUGGAGACGCAGUUGCAAAAGCAAGCUGAGCAGCUAUUCAGUCACAUGAACAAUCCUAAGGCUCAUGAGGUGGAGCAGCAACACUCAGGUUCCCGAGGAAACCCGGAUUAUGUGGACCGAGUAAAGCUGCUGGAAAAGGAAGUGAGCUACUACAAAGACGAGGCAAGCAAGGCUCAGUCGGAGGUGGAGAGGCUCCUGGACAUCCUGCGAGAGGUGGAGACCGAGAAGAAUGACAAGGACAAGAAGAUUGCCGAGCUGGAAAGCCCCCCAUCCACUGCCCCUCGCCAUACUCCUCGUUCUGGUGGGAGAGCUCCCCCUGACCCGCUCCCUUCUGUGUCUGCCGCCCCUCAGCAGAUAGGGGGCAUGGUGUGGGAUUUCCUGGGAAAUUUAGCUCCCAGGCAAGGAGGUAAAGAUCAGACCAAGAAGGGCUCCAACAUCAAACUGGGACUCCAAGGGGACAAGAAAGGCUUAGGACAAGAUCCCCGUAAGGAAGGCUCUUUAGAAGGUGGUCACCACCUAAAGCUGGAGGAGCUGAUGAGCACGCUGGAAAGGACGAGGCAGGAGCUAGAUGCCACCAAGCAGCGUCUCUCCUCCACACAGCAGUCUUUACAGGAGAGGGACACCCAUCUCACUAACAUGAGACAAGAGCGCAGGAAGCAGCUGGAGGAGAUCCUUGAAAUGAAACAACAAGCUCUGCUGGCGGCCAUUAGUGAGAAAGACGCCAAUAUUGCAUUGCUGGAACUGUCUGCUUCCAACAAAAAGAAGACCCAGGACGAGGUGCUGGCCUUGAAAAGAGAGCGGGACAAACUAAUGCACCAACUCAAACAACAUACACAAAGCAGAAUGAAGUUGAUAGCUGACAACUAUGAGGAUGAACAGUAUCAUCAACAUGCCCCUCAUCACCAGCCACAGCCGACACAUGCCCAGCCUCAGCCACAGCCCCAGUACCCCCAUCCUCCCCAUGCUCAGCAGUCUCCUUAUCCACACGCCCCCCACGCUCAACAUCCACAGCACCUACAACACCCACAAGCCCAGCCACAGCCCCCACAUCCACAACAACCACAGCCCCAGUACCCUCAGCACCCACAACACCAACAACACCCACAGCACCCACAGCACCCUCAGCAUCCUCAACCACUUCCUCAACACCAACAGCAUCCACGCCCCCCUCAACCACAGCACCCCCACCAACAACACCCCCAGCAUGUGCCACAGCACCCACAUGGACAUCCGACUCCACAGCACCCUCACCCCCAGCAUCCACAUGGUCCUCCCCCACAGGGACCACACCCACAGCAUCCUCAUCCUCAGCACCCUCAGCAUCCCCAACAUCCUCACCAUGCCCAGCAUCCUCGCCACCCAUCACCCCAUCAUCGCGGAGGCCCGGCCCGAGGACCACCACAUGCCGGUCACCGUCCCUCUCCAGACCAGGAUGACGAGGAGGGCAUUUGGGCAUAGCUGAGACAACCAAAGCGCUAAUGUUGUUUUGAGGGGAGAUUCAGUCACUACUGGAGGAGUAUGGCCAUCCUAAAAUGUUGAAACACCCCCCAAACAUUUAUCACCUUCAGUGAAUCUGUACUUCUGAGCAGUGGGGCCUUUAUGUUUGUUUUUUCUUUCUGUCUGUCUCUUUUUCUGUUCUUUUAUUUUGUUUUUCUUUUUGAAGAACAGGAGGAGUUACUCAGGUUUUCAGGUACUGCAUGGAGACUGACAACUGAACAGGUGAGGUGAGGAAGACCAUCCUCCACAAUGUUCACAAAUGACCUAAAAUGAUGUGCUGAUGGGGACACAGAAGACAAACGGCUGCUUUAACAGACAUGACUACCAUGGCAAACCUGCAGCAAAGGUGUCACCGAGGUCACCUCACCUGUCCAUCACCUGCUGAAUGACCCCUCUUCGUCCUCGCAGCAGAAAACUCAUGAUUCUGCCAGUAACGUUUUGUUUUCCAUCAGACAACAUGCUUUGACUGUUUUGGAAUGGUUGCUGUCUUGCUGGCUGACCACAAGCUCUGACUGGCUCCUAGGUCUAACUCUCAUCCUCACGGCCCUCGUGACUCACCUAGUGACAUCUGGCCCCUCCACUUAUCCCUAACAACCCUCAGACUGUCUUUUAAGUUGUUGUUUUUUUCAUCUAUAGAAGUUGUAUUUAUCAUAAAGCACUGGUCACAUGUUAGGCAUUUCUUCCUCUGAUGAUGUCUAUCUUGACAAGCAUGUCAACAACACAUUUAAGUCACUUUAGGUUUUCUGUUGCCAUUUUUUCUUGGCACAAGGAAGCACUUUUUUGUUGACUUAUGAAGCACCUUGAGUGACUUUCCCCGCAGUGUUUCCUUCACUGCACACAAACAUCUGAUUUUUUGGGGUCUAGUUUUAGCCUCAAAGUGGUGGCUCUUGUCAGCAUUUAUUUUUUCUUCACAUUACCUCAUUUAAGUGAGACAUAGUAGAAAGAAAUCAGUCUAUGCAGAUAUCAAUAUAGAGAUAAUGCAUCUUUAUUUUUCCAUGUAUAUUUAAAUCAAUUUAAAUUGUAUUUGGCCAAUCAGAGCUGCCAAGAGAGUGGUCAGAAGAUAUUCAUUGGAUUCUUUUGAUUUUAUGCAACUAUGCACCUCCUCUGUUUUAGCAGGAACUUUCACUAAUGGUGCUUCUGCUGGUGCUCAAACUAAAUGGUGUCAGAAGAUCUAACUAGAGCAUCUUUUUGUCCUUUUACAGUAGAGGGACUUGGUCCCACAAUGGGCUUCAUGAUCAACAGUACAAGACUGCUUUGUAUAUACAGGUUUCGGGGGUGAUUCGGUGAACAACGAUCAAACAUUUUCUCAAGAAAUAUGGCUAAUAUUAGCCCUAAGAAAAGACUGUGAAGCAAAGUAGACGUUUUCUUCGCAUAUGUGGUUCCAGUAACACUCCAGUUCCUCUAUAAGCCCUCUCCCUACUCCUUCAUAUUCUUCCAGCAGUAGCCCGUGUGACCUCCCCACACAUAGUGACUUGUUUUCUCCUUCUCAAUAAGGGUGCCUGUGCCUCGUAAAAUCUGUACACAUAAGAUAGAUAUGCAUAUAUUAUACAUAUAGAGAGAAAUCUAUAGAGUGUGUCUAUAUGUGGUCAUAAAAAUGUUUCAAACUAAUAAGAUAUACUAUAUGUUUUUUCUUUUAUGGUUAUUUUUCUAACUGGCUGGAGGUCAGAGAUAUUUUAUUUAAGAGUGUUGAAUGAUGAGAUGUUCCUCAGAUUUAUACUCUGUGAUAAAAGCCUUCAGCAGCAAUUUAACAUUCCCUGUCUGAAAAAAACAGACCCGCCCAGUUAAAAAGAAGACAAAUUAUUAUUGAAUAAGCUUCAGAGCAGUAGUUUAUGGGAAAGUGUACCCAAAUUUAUCUAGCCGUCUAGAAAAGACGUCAAUAUUACAUUCCUUUAAAGGGAGAGUUGGGAAUUUUUGACAAGGGGUUCUGUGGAUUUGAUAUCAGCAGUCGGAUGCUUAUCUGCAAUACAUUGCCGACCAAAUAAUCUCAGUUUGGACCAAAGGACGUUGUUUCCCAGUGGAGAGUCAAAAUCACAACUCAGACGGGGUCCAGUUCCACAACGUUUCACUCAGAAUAACUUGGAUCUCAAAAUGUGAACACUAUAUUAUGAACUUUUGCGUUGUUAUUGCUUCUAUAUUAAACAAUAUUUUAUGCAAAAGUCUGUGGUUAUUUAUGCAGCAGGUUGUGUUGUCCUGAGGAUCAUUAAUGAUUGUAUUUCAUAUGAAAUAUAAUGUGUUAGAUGCAAGCGGACAGACACAACUAUUUGUAGAAGAAAUUUUGGCAAGACCCUUAAAAAAAUAUGAAUAUCAAUAUAACGUAUAAUAUACCAAAAGUGUGAGACAAAAGGAUUUUUCCAGGGGAAGCUCUGUAAAUCUAGAACUAAUUUUAUACAUAAUAAAGUUUAGCCAAACUUUCUGUUCAUGAUUCAGUAGUAAAAUUAUAUUGUUUCAUCUAGUUUUCACAUGAUUUCAAAGCUUCAUGGGCAAACCAUUGCCCUUGAGGUGGGUACUGAACUGGCAGUGAUUUAAAUGUUUAUACAACAGUGCUUACAUGAACCAGUGAUACAUUUUUUGAGAUUAGCAUGGUUGUAAGAUGGGACUGACCCAACUCUUACAAGAAGUUUGGUCAAGUAUUUAUUUUUUUGUUUUGUUUUUUACUUUUCUGCCAAUGGCUUUUCGAAAAGGUGCAUAUUGAACUGAACAGCUUUUUUUUCUCCCCUGUAAUCAUUUGACGUGAUAAGUGAAAUUAACAUUUGAAAAUAGCAUUUUGUAUUGAUUCACGUUUCUCUCAUUUGAUAGUAAGAUUUGUUGAUCUGCAAUGAAUUUUAUGCAACCAAAAACCAAAAAAAAAAGGUAAUUUGUAAAAGGAAGAGAGCACACUGAGAUCCGACUGCUGAUAACAAAUGUUCAGAAUUGUGUUUAAAUAAUCCCUAACAAUUUCUUUAACAUUAAAUCAACUCAGUUGAAGACCACCAAUCCUGUGGUGACAACUUUAAACAAAGAAAAGUAUUUUUAUUUUUUGUAGCUCUCACGGGUAGCAGUGAGAUUACUUCUGCUGCGCUCAGCAGGCAGAAGCUUGCACUUGUAAAUGAGGACUAUCACAAUUUCCUCCAAGGAGAGGUUUCAGUGACUCUGUCUGGAUGCAUUUCUCCUAUGUAUAUUUGUUGCCGUCGUCAUGUGAACUGAAGUGGUGAUGUGUGCGUGACCGUGACAGCUGAUUUAGGUAGAAAAACUAUCACGUUGUUACAGUAUUAUGAGAAAAUGAAGCUGACUGUUACUAAUGCCCUCCUCUUUCCUUGACCUUCCUGGUGUCUGUGUUGGGUGUUAUAAACAAACGUGUCUCCAUCUCGCCUGAAUCUUCUCAAACCAAGUUGAUCCACUCUUUAUUUUAUAGACGUGUGAUUCCCACAGACGCAGCUCCUGUCACUGAAGAAGAACCAACAGGUUAUAAAAUAUGUUGUUUCUGUUUACAAAUGUUGAUAUAAAGGACUUUUUUAUUGUUAGGAAAAAACGCGCAAACAGACAGAGGAGCAUAAAUCCUCUCACUUCACCAUCAGGGGGUGGAGUACUAAUCCUCCAUUUUCAGGUCCUUAUAUACUGAAUACUUGAAGUAGGGAGUUUUCCUACCAUGAUAUAGCGUAUAUGAUUUAAAUGGCAAACAACAUUGAACAUUUUAAUUGUGCCCAUCCAUGCUGAUUUUUACAUUAUGUGCCAACAUAAGGUGAGGGUGUAUGUUUAAUCUACUGUAUUCUAUGCAGUGAUUUCUCUAUUGUUGUGUCAAAAAAAUAUCUGAAGAAAUUAUUGUUAAAAGCUGAGGACAUGCAGAACUUGAAAGUCGGGGGGAUUGUUUCCUGUGCUCAGAUUAAAAACUAAAAGGCAAUUCUUUAUUUGUGCCUAGAAGCAGCUGUGUAGAUUCACCAGUCAUUUUUAAAAGGCCUUCAAAAGAACUACGAAAAGCCAAUCAUACUUUUUUUUUCUGUUUGUUUGCUCUAAACAGGUUUUUUUUUCUUUUGUUGCUGAAACUGUUUGAUUGAACAAAUCACUGUGACCAAUGCCAGAAAUAUUUUUAUUCAACAAAGCAAAUGUCGAGUUUUUACUUUUUUUAAUCAUUCAGUUUGUAUUUAAGUUGAACUUUAUUUUUUCUAUGAUUUACACUUAUUUAAAAAUACCAGUUGGAGACAGUACUAUUUGUAUAGUAAAACAUUUUGAGCUGUACAGUAACAGACCUAUGAGCAAGAUUCAAUGUGUGUCCAGCAUGCUGAAUGAUCAUCUGUGUGAACGCGAGCCAAUGCAGUUCAGUCCUCAUCCAUUACUUGCAUCCGCAUUGUGACGGUGUGACAUUGUGUUGGAGAGUGAUGUAUGUCUCACUUACUGUGUCCCCUUAGUAGACAGCCUGUGCAGUUUUGUGAGAGUGCAGCAUGUUUUUUUUUUUCAGAUGUGUGGAUGUUGCUGGUGUAAAUGUAUUCAGAAAAAAGCCAGUAGAGUGUGUGUGUGCGUGUGUGUGUGUAUGUGUGUGUGUAUGUGUGUGUGUAUGUGUGUGAUUGCAGAUAACAGGGUGUGUGUAAGUGUUAAUAAUGCAAAAGAGACUAAUUUAUUUACAAAAAAGAGAACUUUAUCAGCCAGUCAUUACAAAAAAAAAAGUGGGCGAGUUUAGAAUGACGCAUGGAUACUAUGUAAUGUUUUGUUUGCUUUUUUGAACAAUAGGAGGCUGUCCUUAGUGCCCCAGUUUGCUAUUGUCUGUGCUGUAUCAGAAUAAUACUAUUGAGUGUUGGCCAGCUUGUUUAUAUCCAUCAAAUAAAGGUGACUUUCUUUCUGUC